AUGUCGUCGCAAUGUUCUACGACUGGUCUUCGGAGCAUGAUCCUUCUGUUGGCCGUUUAUUGUGUGGCUCAAUCGCUCGAUAGCGAGCCACCGAUUGGAACAUUCGUCGUGUUCCGGCGAUUUUUACACGGAGCCACGCGACAAUCACGCGCCGUCACCGCCAGAAAGGAACGCGUUUGGCCUGAGGGCAUCAUCCCGUAUGAGAUCGCCUCCAAUUUCUCCGGUUCGUCCUUCUCAUUUCAAUUCAUUCUAUAAUAUUAUGACUUCUCGAUCAUGUUGUUCUUUGACUACUUCCUCGUGGGGACAAUAUUAUGGCAUUUGUUUACAUCGACGAUGCAUUUUCCGCUCCCAUGAAAAAGAUAUUUCUUCACAUUUUUGUAUUCUCCCUGCUUCCAAUCAAAAAUUCGAACGUCGAUAAAGAAACGAUUCAUGUCCAGUUUUGAUUUGGUGAGUUUUUUUUUCGCUAUUUUCCUUUUUUAAAUCGAUUAUAAUCUUCUUUACAUAUUUAUGUUCGAAUGCUUCAUUGUCUAGUGUGCCCAUGUAGCGUUUCGAAAAUUUUUUGACUUUCGGUACUCAAAACACUCCUAGUUCUUAUCGGCUAACUGAAAAUAAUUUAACAGGUAAAAAUAAGAAAUUCGUGAGAUUCAAGUUUACAACUAACUUGAACUAACACACCACUUGUGUUUCAGAAAUACUAGAAAGAAAAUCUUUCUAAGCUUACAGCUAGCUUUUUUUCCUUUCUCUCGUUUUUUUAGUUACAUAUUAAGUUUAAAAAUGGAUUUAUGUGAAACUACUCGAAGAAGUUUUUGGAAGAUGGUUGCAAACUAUCAUUCAAGUCCGUGGGACUUUUUUGGAAUCUAGAAAGUCAUUUAAAUGUUUCCAGGAGAACAUCAAAACUUGUUCCAUCGUGCGAUGCGUCACUGGGAGAACAGCACGUGCAUUUCUUUCGUGCCAAAAGAACCUCAUCACCGUCAUUACAUCACGUUCACCGUUGAUAAAUGCGGGUGAACCAGCGAGGGCAUUUCUUUGAAGAUCAUUCGAGUGAAUUACAGCUGUUGCUCUUACGUCGGUCGUCGCGGCGAAGGUCCUCAAGCGAUAUCGAUCGGCAAGAACUGUGACAAGUUCGGGAUCGUUGUUCAUGAGCUGGGCCAUGUCGUCGGAUUCUGGCACGAACACACCAGACCUGACCGAGACCAAUACGUCGAUAUCUUCUACAAAAGCAUUCAAACAGGUUUUGUAAUUACCUUUGCAAAAAUUUUUCAUUAAUGAUUACUUCUUUUUUCUGUGUGCUAAGAGUGAGGAUUCGAUUGUCGUUAUUUUCAAUAACUGCACAGAAAAGGUAUGCAAGCGUCAUUGUAGAUUCUGUUUCAAGCUAGUUUUCAAAAACCGAAUAUUUUUCAAGAGAUUUGAAUUUUUAGGAAAAAACAUACGAAAAAAGUUCUUCUUGAAUUAUUAGGAGUUUGCUGAAAACUUGAAUAACUUGAAGUUUACAGGACAAGACUACAACUUUGAAAAGUCGAAGCAAGAGGAAGUGGACUCGCUGGGAGAGCCGUACGACUUUAGUUCGGUCGGCUGGUGGACCACCUAUGAUGAAUAACCGAUAUUCCUUUCCAAUUUCAGAUAAUGCAUUAUGCAAGAGACACAUUUUCUCGAGGCGCUUUCCAUGACACCAUUUUGCCGAAACCCAACUCAGGUCUGUAACAGUGAAGAAAAAUAGCAGGGGAGUUGCAGGUUUCCGUUCUGAAAUAGGACAGCGAGUUCAGCUCAGCGAUGGCGACAUCCGACAAGCUAAGAAAUUGUACAAAUGUGCAGGUUGAAUAGGUAUCUCAGGGCAUUCCAUCCAAAUGUGUCUUGUUUGCAGAGUGCGGCGGAACGUUGAUGCAGGAGUCCGGCAACCUGGCUGUGACUAAAACGGGCCGUUGCGUCUGGUACUUGGUCGCACCUCGCGGACACACCAUCUUUCUUAACAUCACAGGUGCUCGAACAAUUCAAAAAAAUACAAAAAAAAAUGCUUCACAGAAAAGGCUAUUUUUCUUCGAGCUUCUCUCCGGUGUGUUGAGAAAAAAGCUGAGAGCUUCAAUAUGGAUAAUUUUUGAAUUUUCUGAAAGACGACGCUUCAGAGUUAGAAAAAAUCAUCUUUUGAAAGUUUAUCCUAAAACGAAGAUUUUUGAAGCGUUUUUUUUUAUAAAUAGUUGUGAAGUUUGCGACUGACAAACCUCACAAAACUUUAGAGUACGAAGUAAAAUGACCUUUUUUUUUACUACGAAAUGCCUGAAUAUUUUAGCUUCAAAAUGAUAAGAUUUCCAUCAAUAAAAAAAUCUUCAAGAUUUAGACUUGUUCAUCAAGAUAAAUUCUUCGUUGUAACUGAUUCUCGACCACUUCUUUCCCGCUAAGUAUCGAAAAAACUCUUCUCUCUCCAAUUACUCGUUUGCCAGAUAUACUGCAAUAUGUCCUAUCAAAUUACUCAUAGGAACAAAAAAAGCUAAUUAGAGAUUCUUAGCAAAAAAGUAGGCGCUAUACGUUUCUCAGGAUGAAGUUAAUUAGAAAGUGCAAAUGGGAAAAAAGGGCUAAAAUGUAGCGAUUCAAUCUAUUUUUUACUCUGUGACUCUUUUAAUAAUUGUGAGUGCAUUCCGCAGGCUCUACGAUACCUCGACCGAGUGUGCCUUGCAGCCACGAGCAUCGCAACUCGAUCACCGUUCGGGACGGAGUUUCUUCUUCUUCGUCGCUUCUGGGUACGUUUUUCGAAGAUUCUUAGGAAUAGUUGGCAAAUCUCAGAGAAAGAAUUUUGGAUUAUCGGAUGCAGAUAUUCACGAUAAAAGUUUACUGUCAGUUUAAAAUUGUGAAUCUUUGCAGAAAUUUACUCUGAAGUAUCACGAUUUCAUAACACGAAAUUUCUCACUUAUUCUUUUUAGUUGAGUUUUUGGGUUUUAAAAAUUGAUGUGUCAUAAAUAUGAACGUUUUUAGAAACUUUUGAAAAGUGGGAUUACUUGAGUUGAAGGUAAAAUUGGAAACCGCAGAGCCACCCCCAUUAAACUUUGAAAAAAAAUUUUGUGAAACUUUUUUUCGAAAAAAAGUGAACGGAUUAUGAAUCAUUAGAAUUAAAAAGUCUUCAAAAAAACGGCUCCAGGUAAAAAGUCAAGAAAAACUUUCUUGGCUGUCAUAGUAAUUAUUCAUGAUAAUGUCAACUUUCACCGUCAAAUUAUUGAACAGAGCCUAUCAAUAACUUUCUUUCAAAAGACUAUAAAAUUUUUUUUCAUUUUCCAGAUAAGAUAUGUGGCUACGAAACCUCGUAUCGCACGAUAGCUUCUUCUGGCAACCGAAUGUUGGUACAAAAUGAAAUCGACAGUUUUUAUCCCAUGUUCCUUUUUGCAACUUAUUAUGCAAUAUGUGGUGGACCAAUAUACGCAGACAGUGGUGUCAUUGAGGUUUCUUAGUUUGAAACAAGAAAAUAAAAACCAAUUUUAGAGUCCACGAUAUCCAGAAUCUUACCCACCUAACAGCGAUUGCUUAUGGACAAUUCAUGUCGCAGAGAAAAAUCAAGUGGCACUCGAAUUUGUUUAUUUCCAUGUUAGUUUUAUCACUGAAACGGUGGUUUACGAAAAAUUUUUGAGCUGGAACAGCAUAAAGACUGUAUUUACGACAAACUUCUGCUGGGUGAAGGGUCGCGCUCCGCUGAUCCAUCUGAAUCACUCUGUGGUCUCAUUGAGAAAAAAACCUUCGUCAGCCGCUCGAAUCACUUGACCCUUCGGUAACUCGUUUAACAUUUACUCAUCCUUGUGGUUUUUGCUUCACGAAUCGAAACGCAAAAGUGUAGCAAAAAGAUAUGAAGAAACGUGCAGCUACAAAGGCAGUCAGAGACUAUAUUUUAAAUACACGCACCGACCAGCGCCAGUUAAACAUGUUGAGGUCAAAGGCAGCAUAAAAUAGGGCAAAGAAUCGAAACGCUUCAUUUGGCGCCCAAAAACGUGUUGCACCGCAUCGCGUUGAGCCAUUUUCAAGACACUAGGCCUUUUCGAUUCGUGGCGCAGAGACUUUUUGAAUGCGCAUUUACAGUUUCACAUCCGACAAUUCUGUGCAAAAAACCGGGUUCGAAAUUCGAUUCACUAAGGAACUUAACGAGUGCGCCAACGAAAAGAAUAAUUGCGAACACAUGUGUGUCAACAUGAUCGGUAGGUUUUGCAACUUUUAAGACACUCCGUAUAAGAAAUCAUGAAACCAUCUUUGUUGAUAGUUUCAAUGUUGUCCGUUCUCGAAGUUGAUCCAAUUUCCAGGGGGUUUUAAGUGUGCCUGCCGAGUUGGGUACAGUCUGAGCGCAGAUGGAUUUUCAUGUGAAAGUACUUGUGGAGGUUACAUCAGAGCUUCCAAUGGAACUAUCUCUUCGCCGAAUUUUCCGAAAAGUUACCCACCGUCAAGAGCUUGCAUCUGGGAGAUCGAAGCUGAUGUCGGAUAUCACAUUUUUCUCAAUUUCACCCGUUUCAAUAUUGAAGUGACAAAAAAACUCAAUUAUAUGUAUUUAAUUUCGAAUCAUUUUGAGGGGAUGAAAACCGAGUGUGCCUAUGAUUAUUUGAAAAUCGGAGAGAAUGAGAAACUUUGUGGAGAGUAUAGUAAGUGGUUCACGUUCUCAGAUAUUUGAUCCGAAUGUUCAGACGAGCCUUUGCUGUUUACGUCGCCGACCAACAAAAUAAGGAUUGAGUUCAGUUCCGACACUUCGGUCGAGCGCGAAGGCUUUUUUGCUUCAUUCAUUGCCGAUUUCGAUGAGUGCCAAUUCGACAACGCGGGAUGUGAACACACCUGCCAAAACCGAUUAGGUUAGUCAUAAAGAACUCACCUGAGCCGCCUCUGAGUGAGUUUUCAUCAAGGAAACUUGCAUCUUUCCAUAAUAAACUAAUUCUUCAAAAUUUUAAAUUGAUGCGAAUUCAGUUUUUGGAGAACUCUUUCCAGGAUUCACAAAAUCGGAGAAAAUUUACAAAAUAAGUCGAAGAAGGCGAAAUCUAAAAUUCUUGAGCUUACUAAGAUCUCAAAAUCUAUGCGUCAAUUUUUUUCACAGUCAAAAAAGGCGAGAUUCUCACUAGAGAUCUUUUUUCAUUGCUCCGCUGAACUUUUGGUGAAAUUUUGCUAAAGCAUACUUUGAGACCUCCUGAUUCCAGAAAAAAACAAGACAUUUCUCGCAAUAUAUCUGGUUUUCGAAUUAAGUCGCUACAAAAACUAAAAAGAGCUUUUCCUAGUCAGAGACACUGUCUACGACAUAGUUUUUCGCUUCAAUUUCUUAAAUGCAUUCUUGAAUAAAACAUUAACAAACUACCGUAAGACUCUAUUCUCUCAAAAAUGCUUCAUUUUCAUUCCUUGAGCUAUGGAAAUGCAGCCGUUUUUCGAUUAUCUCAAACGUUUUCUGAUGAAUAAUUUGGAGGUACUUACGUGUGCGCAUGCAACCCAGGGUUCAUUCUGUCGGAUGACGGUCACAACUGCAAAGAAGGCAGCUGUUUCUUCGAAUUAAACGCGCCAACAGGUCAGCCCGACAUGUGGACGUUUUCAAAAUGAUGGCGCAGGUGAAAUAAACUCACCGGGUUAUCCCCAUGAGUAUCCCAAAGGCCAGAACUGCUCUUGGCACUUUGUCACUACACCUGGUCAUCGACUCAUGUUGGUUGGUUUUGUGGAGUGUAUCGUUUUUCCUUUUUUUUUUCUCAGAGAAAGCGGUUUCAAACUUACUCACGCUUCGGUAUAAACGAAAAAUCUAUGAAAACAUUCAUUCUGAGAAAAAAUUUUUACUUUCUCAGAUUGUGAUGGUUUAUUGGCUUUUAUGCGUGCGCUUUCGGAAUAAUAAAGUUUUUCAUAAUGAUUCUUUAGGACACCACCAUAAUUUUUGUCCGACAAAUUGUGAUUUUUCAGACUUUCUCGACAUUUCUCGUAGAAGAACAUUCGCAGUGCAAGUACGACGCCGUGUCAAUUUAUGAUGGCGGCGAUGAGACUAGCGCUCUUGCAGGUUUUGCCUUGCAUUUUUGUGUUGUAUCCAAAAUUAAAACCAUUUUUUUUCAAACUUUCCCACUGAUCCUUUUGAUAGAUGAACUAUCAGAAAAGUUUUUCCCUUCAGGAGUCUUUUGUGGUUUGACGCCUCCUCCAGUACUUCUUUCAUCUUCAAAUGAGCUUUUCCUUGCGUUCUCUUCAGAUGCUUCCGUUUCCAGAAAAGGAUUCCAAGCUCAAUACACUUCUGGUGAGGUUUUUUCUUGUCGUAGUUUCAACGCUCAACUUUAGUCUGCGGAGGCCGUUUAACGGCUGAGUCGUCGCCUGGGCACAUUUACUCACAUGCGUCUUUCAGCGAUAGCAACUAUGGAAAAAAUCAGGUUAUAGAUUUGAUAAAGUUUAAAAAAUGAAUUUAGUUCUGCAGGAUUGUGCUUGGCACGUCUCUUCUCGAACUCCAGGGCGCGGUGUUCGGCUACAGUUCUCUUCCUUUCAGUUGGAAUCAGAAGAUCUCUGCCAAUAUGACUAUGUCGAGGUUAUGAUUCUUUGGGUAUCAUUGCAAAGAAACCAACAUAAAGAUAAAGAUAAAAGUAUGUUAUUGGACUUGUGUUAGUUGCAAAAUUUGAAUUGAUUUUCUGAAAGGUGGUUGUUCAAUAAAUCGGCGAGGUUGCAGGUUUACGACGGUACAGAAGCCAAUCCUGAUCUACUUUUCGGUCGCUUUUGCGAGGACAAAGCCCCUGAAGUGAUAACGAGCACAGGUAGUGAGAGUUGUUUUUGCAUGAAAAGUAGUAUUAGGUUCUGAUUUGCUGCUGAUACUGCACACCGAUAACGCCGAGGAGGAGAAAAGGAUUUGUCGCAGAGUACAGGGAAGCGGCCACUUCGCAUCGACGCUGGAAAACUACAGGCGUUCAUCGAAAACCUUCCAAAGAGCCUUUGAACACUGA